UCAGUGAACAGAAGGUGCUUCUGCAUGCGCUGUCAGUGUACUGGUCUGCUGCAAGGGAUUGCGCGCUCCUUUGCUUCCCACAUUUACCGCCCCUGCCUGCCUACCAGCACCAGCCUUCAGCAGCCUCUUCCAGCUGGCUGAGAAGACACCCAGAGAGCAAGGGAGUAAACGAAACCUGCGAGCCACGGGGGAUGCGAGCGGCUACCAAACCAAUAUGAGCCACUCAGAUGACGAGGAAUACUGUUACACAAGAAAACAGUGAACAGGGUUCAUCUCUUUAUAUCCUGUUUUGUUUUUUUGUUUUUCCCUUGCGUCCGUCACUGAAAUCAUGAUUAAGUGCUUGAAUGGAUCUAAACCUUACAAGUCAGUGAUUUCUUCAAGCGAUGGACGAUAACACAUUUUGACAGAUCUUUUGAAACUUAAGCGGGAGGGAAAGGAGCAAAGAGCUGAAGACAGAUUAUUUUAAAAAAGAAAAAAAAAGAUUCUUGCUUAUUUUUUUCUUUCGCUGGUUUUCUCUUCUUCCCUCUGAUCGUUGCAGCAGAGGACUGCGGAGGAGCAGGAGAGACAGAGCUCAUGCAGACAGGGGUACUUGCACUUCCUACCAUCUCGCUGAAAGCUACUUGGAUUCCUUCUCUUUCUGGCUCUUUCACUUGAAGAGAACUAAGACAUUGUAAGCCUGCCAAGGAUCUGGUGUCCACUGAAAAGAGAGAAGGGAGGGGGGGAGAAUUUGUACCACAGUGGGGUCUUUUUUAGAUUCGCACAUAAUUAGUGUUGGGGCACAAAGCGAGAUGCUGAAUGGAGAUUGUCAGCUUUUGAAUAGGGGUGAGUAGGAAUUUUUUCGAAUAAGAUUGAUCAGUGAGGACAGUUUGAUUUUCCAUCCCCUCUACUCUCCACCCACUGCUUGAUAUAUAACGUAAGGAAAGAGACUUUAUUUUUUUGGCAUUCUUUGGGACUUGAUAACAAAAAUACUAUCACUGUCUUCAGCUGACAUACAUAGAAUGAGACAGCUUGUUGAACGAGAUAGAUAUGAUGCGAUAAAUAUGAUCUGAUACGGGCAAAACCGAUAUCCAGAGUGGUUCAAUGGACAUUUUCUCCCCGACAUCCCUGGAUAUUUAUGCUAAUGGAUUUCCUUCUAAUUGGACUGUACUUAAAGUGGCCACUGAAGAAGCCCCCUGGGUUGAUACUGUGUUCAUUGGGCAUUUUUCUAAGAACAGUUCCCUUGGUAGAGGGGGUUUGUCCAAGGUUGUGCCGCUGCGACAGCAAGCUGCUGUACUGCGAGGGGCUCAACCUCACAGACAUUCCCCGCAAUCUGAGCAGUGCCAUGGGCCUGUCCAUGAGAGAGAACAACUUAACGGAGCUGCGUGAAGGCCAAUUGGCUGGUCUGUCACAGCUCACCUGGCUCUAUUUAGAUCACAACAGCAUUGACGUUGUAGAGGAGGGUGCAUUUGACAAGCUGAGACGAGUCAAGGAGUUAGACCUGAGCAACAACCGGAUUGAGAGUCUGCCAAAUGGCACCUUUAGGCCCCUCCCAAACCUCCGUAUCUUGGACCUCUCAUACAACAGGCUGCAGGUACUAGAGCCUGACCUGUUCCACGGCCUUAGAAAGCUCACCAAUUUGCAUUUGCGCUACAAUGCUCUCAAAUUUGUGCCAGUGCGGAUUUUUCAGGACUGCAGGAGCAUGCAGUUUCUGGACUUGGGAUACAACCAACUGCAGAGCCUGGCACGAAACUCCUUCGCUGGCCUCUUUAAGUUGACUGAGCUGCAUCUUGAGCACAAUGAGCUAGUUAAAGUCAACCUAGCCCACUUCCCACGCCUCAUCUCUUUACGCACUCUGUACAUGCACAACAAUCGUGCCACUAUUGUUGUAAACACACUAGACUGGACAUGGCACUUUUUAGAGAAGAUUGACCUGUCAGCAAACGAAAUCGAGUACAUCGAGCCACAUGUUUUUGAGAGUACACCAAACCUCAAGGUACUGAUGCUAGACUCUAAUCGUUUGACCUCUGUGGACCAGCGCAUUCUGGAUUCGUGGUCAUCUCUGGACAGCAUUACCCUGGCAGGGAAUGACUGGGAGUGCAGCCGCAAUGUGUGUGCCUUGGCCUCUUGGCUGAAUGCCUUCCGAGGCCAGCAUGACAAUUCCCUGCUGUGUUCAAGCCCUGACACAGCACAGGGUGAGGAUGUGUUGGAUGCUGUCUAUGCUUUUCAGCUAUGUGAGGAUCCCCCAGUAGAGGUGACCACAGCAGGCCUGUACGCCUCCACGAGGGAUCUGGGCCCCAUUACUCCCAACCCCUAUGAGGGCGAGGGUAGUGAAGUGGUCACAAAUUCUUUCACUGUCACAGUGGGCCAUGAUGACCUAGAGAGCACCAUGCAGAUCCACAAGGUGGUAACAGGCACCAUGGCACUCAUCUUCUCCUUUCUCAUCAUAGUGCUCAUGCUAUACGUGGCAUGGAAGUGCUUUCCAGCUGGAAUAAGGCAACUGAGGCAGUGCUUCAGCAGUCAGCGCCGUAAGCAGAAGCAAAAGCAAAGCAUGCAGCAGAUGGCUGCAAUUUCUACACCAGAGUACUAUGUUGACUAUAAACCUAACCAUAUUGAGGGAGCUUUGGUAAUCAUCAAUGAAUAUGGCUCUUGCACUUGCCAACAACAAGCUUCUCGGGAAUGUGAAGUGUGACCCUGCUUUUGAGUAAGUCUUUACCUGUGAUUAUCUGGAUAUACAGUAAAUUCCUUUUUGGAUACACCGGGGAGGGGGACAGAAGGAAUUAUUCAAUCUUCUGGACACUUUUUUUUACAAAGCAUUUCACUGUGAUGUGGAAGAAGUGUGCUUCAUGUGGCUGACUAUUUUGUGGUGGAUUUACUGCUACUGCUAUCUGCUGCUGAUCUGAAGUCACAUAAUGGUCAUGGGACUCUUGGACCUGUUCGUGUUCUAUCGAAAAAGAGAGAGGAAUACAGCGCUGAGGCUUUUCUCUCGAGGAUGGAUAUUUGAGCUUUAAUGUGUCUUUCUAUUUCAGGACAUUUAAUUAUUGUUUAAAAAUAAACUGGGGACACAGGAGAGGAAAAAAAGAAACCAUUUGUAUUAUGGUACACACAAUAUUUGAGCAUUUAAAAUAUUAAAAACACAUUUAAGUUU